AUUCAACGACAAAGUACAACACCUGAGGAUAUUCCGCACUGACGAUGGCCAGUACUACCUGUGGAAGAUCUCCUUUCCUUCACUGAACAAGCUGCUGGCGUACUACCACACCAACUCCGUGAGCCAGAGCGUGUCCGAUCUUCGGCUAACCGAACCUCUGGUGAGCGAUGCCAAACCCGAGCCCAUGUCUUCUGCCGGUGCACCCACGAAUGUGGUCGCCACACCCCAAGCAGCAGGAUCAGCAGAUGGCAAGAGUCUCCGG